AUGUCCUCUCCGUUCUCCACCCCCACUGCCUCCCUCCCCGACCCGCUCCCGGACCCCCUCCCCGACCCAUUGCGCGGCCCGCGCUCGCCGUACUCGGACUUGCUCCUCUCCCCGCUCCCGCCGUGUGACUCCGACCGCGCGUAUCUCGAUGCCGCCGAGACCGACCUGCUCGAGGAGAUCCAGCUCGUCCAGUCCAAGCUCACCGAGGCACGCCACCGCGUCGCCCUGCAGAAGAACCGCCGCCUGCUGCGACGCAACCACAGCGUGUCCGAUUCCAUUAUCAACACCCGCACGCAUCGCGACCACCCGUCACGCGCCAAUGCCGCCGCUGGAAACAACAGCCCCCCGCACUCGGACGUCGCCCCGGAUCGCUCCCGCACUAGAAUCAUUAGCGUCAGCUUCCGCCUGCCCAAGAAGGAGCAUCGGGAAAGCGUGCGACAGCAGUUUUUCGACCGCGGUCUUCCGCCAAAGGCUAUCUUCAGCCUGCACGGCGCCUCCGAGUUCCCGUUUGUCUGGGUAGGCACGGCCGAUGGCCAGGGUGAUGUUGAGGCACACACUUUUGAGGAGGUCUAUGGCGAGGAGCAUCGCACCGGCUGGCGCUCCCUCAACUCAAGGCAUCCCGACGUCCAAAAGGUCAAGCGCUCGCGGUACGUCGCCGUCUCGCUCCCCGACGAGCCGCACUUGCUGGCCAACUAUGACACCUUUUGCGAGGACGCCUUGUGGCCGCUCUUGCAUUACGACUACGCCGCGUUUGGCGACCCCGACAACUUGGACGAGGCCUGGAAUGCUUAUCGCUUUGUCAACAAAAAGUUUGCAGAGGCCAUCAGCGAGAUUUACGAGGAGGGAGACCUCAUUUGGGUCCACAACUACCACCUCAUGCUGCUCCCCAGUCUACUGAGGGAGAGCCUUUGGUAUGCCAAGAUUGGCUUUUUUUUGUACACCCCGUUCCCGUCAGCCGAGAUUUUUCGCAUUUUCCCGCACCGCGUCGAACUGCUCAGAGGCGUCAUUGGCGCCGACUUGAUCGCCUUUUUGUCCUACGAUUACUCUCGACAGUUUGUGUCCUCGUGCACCAGGCUCCUCGGCUUGGAGGGCACCCCUAACGCUAUCGAGGCCGACCCGCGUGUCGGCCGCAGCUGCGAAAUCGGAAUCUAUCCUUGCGGCAUUGAUGUCCGCGCCUUGCGAAACCAUGUCAGCUCGAAGGCCGUCAAGUCCCGCGUCGCCGAACUGCGCGGCAGGUUUGAGGGCCGCAAGAUUGUCGUCGGCAUUGACCGCUUGGAUGAUAGCUUUGCAGGCGUACCGUUGAAGCUGCUUGCGUUUGAACAGUUGCUGACAGACCAUCCUGAGAUGGUUGGUAAGGUCGUCCUCAUCCAGGCCGCCAUGUUGCCCAAGCAGGGCAAGAGCCGCGAUGCCCAACACACCCAACAAAAUCAAAUCAACGAGCUUGUGGGGCGCAUCAAUUCUAGUUUUGGUACCUUCGCCUUUUCCCCAGUUCAUUAUAUUAACACCGAGUUGUCCCCGACGGAAAUACACGCCCUCAUGUGCAUCGGCCAUGCAUGUGUCGUCAGCACCGUGCGGGAUGGCAUGGGGCUGGUGCCUCAUGAAUGGACCGUUUGCCAGCAUGGAGGGAACAACGGUCCUAUCGUACUAAGCGAGUUUUCAGGCGCUGCUCAGAGCCUUGCAACCGCACUGCACGUCAACCCGUGGAACAUUGGCGAAAUGGCCGUCAAGAUCAAAAUAGCGCUUGAAAUGCCAGCCGCGGCCCGCGCGACGAGAAAUGAUGCUGCUUAUCGCUUUGUCACAUCGCACACAGCCUCGCUGUGGGGGUUCAACUUUCUCGAGGAUUUAGAGCAAGCCGAUGGCGCCCAGGAAGCCGGUACGUCCGCUGCAACGCCUGCUUUAGAUUCCAACGUUGUUGCAAGCGCCUAUCUAGGCACACUGGCGCAGCCCUCGCCCGUGCCGUCCAGCAAUGGCUUGUCAUCGAUGUCACAGUUGGGGCCGGACAAGCUUUCAAAUGUCAUGCUUGGGUCGUUUGGGAUGCCGCCGCGCAUCGGAGGCAUGACGCAUGAGCAGAUUGACGCUUUCCUUGGGCGCGACGGCUUUCGUCAAAACAACUUUGUAUCGCCGUCGGAAACGCAGGACGCGUCAUGGGUGUCGCCCGACGGGGCACGCCAACCCAAAAAGCGAAAGCGAUCCAACUUACUGGUGUUUGACUUGGAUGGUACUCUUGUGCCCUUUCAAGCCAUUGCCAAGCUCGGCGUUCCGCCUCAACAAGUGCUCGACCUGAUUCGAACACUAAAAGAGGCGAGUCCGUACAAUUUUAUUCUCAUCGUGUCCAGCCGCGACCGCGAAACGGUCACGCAGUGGCUCGGUGAUCUCGACGUAUACCUUGCAGCGGAGGAUGGUGCAUUUUUCCGAGCACCUGGCCGUUCUCCGUGGAUCACGUUGUACAAUGACAACACUACCAACGGAUUUAUUCCUCAGCAGAAUUCGUGCGGGCAGUUUUCGCAAACGGCGAGCAACUCAGAUGCGGCAACGGACAUUGCUUCUGACGCCGACCAAAACCAUUUCGGCAGGAGCCUGUCGUCAUGUGGUGCAGGGGUGAUGUGGAAUAGAAGGAAUAAUGCAGACGUGUUCGUUGACGAGGAAGAGCGCAAACGGAAAGUGUCACUACUGUCUGCCAAUGACGGCAAAAACAGAGGUAGUGCACAGAGCAUCGUCUCGCUGAGCAACGAAGCAGGGCUGGUCUCGGAUUCUGGCGCAUGGAAGAGCCAAGUUUUCCCGGUAAUGCAGCAUUUUGCGGAAAGAACUCCAGGAGUCGUCAUUGAAGAAGGUGACGCCACUCUGACAUGGCAUUAUAUUGACUCGGAAACAGAUUUUGGACGAUGGCAGGCUAGAGACCUGUUUAACCAUCUAGAGUCCUUCCUGCUACAGGGACUUAAUAUUGAUCUCCUUGCAGACGAAGGGCGCCAGCGGUGGGUCAAGGUUCGCCCGAACGGAGUCGACAAGAGCGCAGCGAUUAUCCGGACGUUGGAACACAUUCGUGAUUUUCCCAUACGCCAGCGUCUCGAAAAUGACUUUAGCAUAGAGGACGACGCCCCGGCGCCGUCAAUUGAUUUUAUUCUUUGCAUAGGUGAUGACCGUGCCGAUGAAGGAAUGUUUGAGUUUCUCCGAGAUGAGAAGCGUUUGGAGAAGGUGGGCGUUCAUUGUUCCCCAAGCAAGGUCUUUACGUGCCGCGUGGGUUCGUCGUCCACCGCAGCGUCAUUCUUUUUGGAAAACACUCAGCGAGUAAACGAGGUGUUGGAGGAACUCGGGGUUUGGAAGCUGUCAAAAGAAUGA